AGCCCUUCUCUCGCCCUUGCCGCGCCCUUUUCCCCCCGACCGAGAACGCCCGUCCACACACCACCACGAAGCUCGAUCUCUCGAGGAUCACAAACGUCACAAAACACUCUCACCCUCGAACGUUACACACAAACCCCACGAACCCAACCAUGCCACCCGCACCAUGGCGCUCACGCGUGGCGUCCUCCCUAUACCCCGACUUCCUCACACUCUUCAGCACAUCCACCACCACGUACACGCCGCAGCGCAGCACUGCACACCUGGACGGCCUGCGCGGCUUCGCGUCGUUCAUGGUGUACGUGCUGCACCACGAGCUGUGGGCGCACAGCGCGCUGAUGAAGCACUACGUGCUGGAGAGCGCGUGGGGGUGGGACGGCAACUACUACUUUGCGUGUCUGCCGAUUGUGCGGGUGGCGUUUACGGGGGGUCAUAUCGCGGUUGCGACGUUCUUUGUGCUGAGCGGCUACGUGCUGACGGUGAAGCCGCUGGGGCUGGUGUAUAAGGGGGAUAUGGUGGGGCUGGGGGAGGUGCUGGCGAGCAGUGUGUUUCGGCGGUGGGCGCGGCUGUUUGUGCCGAUUGCGGUGAGCACGUUUGGCUAUGUGGUUGUCAUGGAGGUGUUUGGGCUGGAGGGCACGAGUUUGCAUGAGGUCAAGGAGACGUUUGGGGAGCAGGUGUGGGAUUGGUAUAUCGAGUUUAAGCACUGGAGCUAUAUCUGGGACCGGAAUAUCAUUCCGUGGCUGCCGUACAAUUCGCAUACGUGGACGAUUCCGUUCGAGCUGAAGGGGAGUCUGUUGGUGUGGAUGGUGGCGCUAGUCACGGCGAGGUUCACGAGGAAGAGUCGGUGGUGGACGUAUGCGAUGUUGAUCGUCUACUUCAUGUGGAUAUGUCCGGAGGGCUGGUAUUGUGCGUACUUCAUUGCAGGCAUGUGGCUAGCGGAGAUCGAUCUCCUGGCUGCGACUGACGCGCUGCCGGCAUUCUUUGCGACUUUCGAACCAUACAAGAACGUAAUAUUCAGGGGCUUGUUCGUGGUCAGCAUGUUCCUGGCGGGUGUCCCGGCUGCGAACAAGGAUAUAGAGGUUUUUGCCACCUCGCCCGGCUGGGUCUGGUUGCGACACCUCAAGCCGGCCGCACUCGACGAUCCGAAAUGGUUCUAUCUCUUCUGGGGAGCUAUUGCUCUGGUUACAAGUGUGUCCCGGAUUGCAUCGCUCAAGAGGUUCUUCGAAACCAGGUUCUGCCAGUAUCUUGGCCGGAUUUCUUUCUUCCUCUAUCUCUUCCACGGACCGGUUCUGGCCUGGGUGGGACGUAGAGUCUAUGCUGCGGUGGGCUUCGUCAGAAAGGACCUGGACGACGAUCCGGAAAAGGGGAUCCUGUGGUGGUGCAAUCGUCUUCCAAUAUCGCAAUGGGGACCUAUGGGGCUGGAAGUCAAUUUCGUGUUAUGUCAGAUCGUCUUGUUGCCUUUGACCUUAUAUCUGGCGGAGCUCGGGACGAAAUGGAUCGACGAGCCUACCGUAAAAUAUGCCCAGCGCCUGUACAAGAAGUUGAACUCUGGACAAACGAUCGAUUUGGGAGCGGCUGGGGCGCGAGACAAAGAAGUGUCUAAUCCAGGGCCCAGUUGAGAUACUUGGGCCUACCAACAGCCAAACCAGCCAACGCAACCGAGAGCGACAGGAUCAUUAUUCGAUCGCAGCCAUGGCCUAUCAAUGUUCUGCAAGACGUUGUAGACAUGUGUCCCAAGACCUCCGCGUUUCGGUGGGCCAUGACAAGAGCAAGUUGAGACGAUGACUGUUUCGAAUAUCGACUAUCUAUAUCGACUAUCUGCUCAGCGGCAUAGUUCUGCUAUGUACAAGAGUAGCGAGCAUUACUUUUUAGACGUAUCAACGCCUUUGUCAAUUGGCUGCCGU